GCAGUUUAAAGGUCGCUCGGUUACGACCAACGGCUGACCAGAAGAACUACACACCAACUAACUGACAUGGCCGCUAACAACGUCGCAUUUCUCUACACAAAGUCCCCGCUCGUCUUACCGUAACAAAGUGUUUGUUUGUUUGUUGUGCCGUCAGCAGCCGGUUGCCGACGGGCUCCCCUCGCUGUGAUAAACGCAGACAGAUGGCGACUCAUGUCUCCAAAUACUGUAACUGGAUUAUCCUCCGUUAAUCCUGUGUAAACGACUCUAGGUACUGUGAAACACUGACGCCUCCCUGCCAGUGUUGUUGUCAUCUGCUGUGAGAGGCGAUAUCACUGUGACAGAGGUCCUCCUGGGCUCAGAGUGUCCUGCUUUGUUGGAUGUCUGACCAUGAUGCCACACUGGAGCAGCUAACCAGAGAGGCACUUGAUGAUGGGGGGUGGGUUCACCUCUGCUGGACCCCUGUGCACACCACUGGUGAGUAAACAUGUACUUCAUUUUGCUGAUGGUGCCCAAAUGUUAAGCUUACUGACUCCACACCACAGGCCUAAAUUGCACUUGUAAUCUGCCCCAUUGUUGGCUAACAACUGACAUGUUCUUAAUCCUCUCCUGUUGUUUAAUCAUGUCUCCAAGCGUUGCACUGCAGUGUGUCACGCUGCUGUCUGUCUUGUCUGUGAGCCCUCUAGAUGCCCUACAAAAACCCCAUUAAGGCUCCCUGACACAAGUCAUCUGCAUGCCAUGAUGAAGGCAGCAGCAGCAGCAACAGCAGCAGCAACAUCAGCCUGUAGUUGUGUGAGGCAGCUCGAAGCAGAGGGGCGGGGAGGGGGCGCAGCCGGAGCUCACAUUCAUUAACGACCACCGACAACCGGGAAGCGUCCUCCGGUAGCAUCGCAGCGCGCACCGUCACACGGCCGGGGAAGAUGGUCGCGGUGCAGACGUCCCCAAACUCGGCUCCGUCGGCGGAGUGGAUCUGCUGCCUGGAUAAAAGGCCCUCGGAGCGCUCAGGAGAGGAUGUGGACAUUAUAUUGACCAGACUGAGAGAGGUCAAAGCCUUCCAUAGGUUCCCACCUCCGCUCUUACUGCAGAUCUGUGCCUGUGCCUUCUAUGAAUGCCUGGAGAAAGGCAUCACGCUGUUUCGACAAGGAGACAUAGGCACCAGCUGGUACGCUGUCCUGUCCGGCUCUCUGGAUGUCAAAGUGUCAGAAACAGCCAACCACCAGGAUGCAGUCACUAUCUGUACACUGGGGAUUGGGACAGCGUUCGGGGAGUCCAUCCUGGACAACACACCCCGCCAUGCUACCAUUGUCAGCAGAGAGACCAGCGAGCUGCUGCGUAUCGAGCAGAGGGAAUUCAAAAGCCUCUGGGAGAAAUAUCGUCAGAGCCUGGCUGGACUGUUGGCCCCUCCUUAUGGAGCCAUGGAGAGUGGAUCUAACAAUGACAGACUCGCAGACAAAGACAACAUGAACUCAGACUCUGCAAACAAAGCUCACAACAAGAUCCCAUCAGAGAAGCUGCAGAGGGCGGGGAAGGUUCUCCGCAACGCCAUCCUGUCCAGAGCCCCACACAUGAUCCGAGACAGGAAGUACCACCUCAAGACAUACAGACAGUGCUGUGUAGGCACAGAGCUGGUGGACUGGUUGGUGCUGCAGAGUGCCUGUGUGCUCACACGGUCCCAUGCUGUUGGGAUGUGGCAGGCUCUACUAGAAGAAGGGGUGCUCAACCAUGUGGACCAGGAGCUGGGUUUCCAGGACAAGUACCUGUUCUACCGCUUUCUUGAUGACGAGGAAGAGGACACACCAUUGCCUAGUGAAGAGGAGAAGAGGGAGAGUGAGGAAGAGCUGCCAGAGACCAUCCUCUUCCUCGCCCAGAUCGGUCCAGACGCUCUGCUGCGCAUGAUCCUCAGGAAAUCGCCCGGUCAGAGGACAGGGGACGACCUCGAGAUCAUCUACGAUGAGUUGCUUCACAUCAAGGCCUUAGCUCACCUCUCCAACACUGUGAAGAGGGAACUGGCGAGCGUUGUGAUCUUCGAGUCGCAUGCGAAAGCUGGAACAGUGUUGUUCAACCAAGGAGAGGAGGGCACAUCCUGGUACAUCAUCCAGAAGGGCUCUGUCAAUGUGGUCAUCUAUGGCAAGGGUGUCGUGUGCACGCUCCAUGAGGGUGAUGACUUUGGGAAGUUGGCCCUGGUUACAGAUUCACCUCGUGCAGCCUCCAUCGUCCUGAGAGAAGAUAACUGCCACUUCCUGCGCGUGGACAAGGAAGACUUCAACAGGAUACUCAGGGACGUGGAAGCUAACACGGUGCGUUUAAAGGAGCAUGAACAAGCUGUGCUGGUGUUAGAAAAGAGUCCUCGCGCCACGACCCUGGGAACUAUCAAGUACACUGUGAUAUCAGGAACACCAGAGAAGAUCCUUGAGCACUUCCUGGAGGCGAUGAGGAUGGACAUACAUCACAGCGAACCAGACCCAGCAGUGGAUGAUUUUGUCCUCAUGCAUUGUGUCUUCAUGCCCAACAGCCAGCUGUGCCCUCUGCUCAUGGCACACUACCAUGCGGCAUCUCCGCCCGGCUCUGAACAGGAGAGGUUGGAGUACGCGCUCAACAGUAAGAGGAGGGCCCUCAUUCUGACCCUGCGCUGGGCUAACGCACACACGUACAUGCUACAGGAGGAGCCCGCUGCAAUCUCCUUCCUUGAGGAGCUGUAUGGGAGUCUGUCAAAUGAUUCUCGCAUGUUGAGAGCUUUGAAAGACUUGGUGCCUGACGUGGAGAAAGUCGUCAAAUUACAUUCGGAAGAAGCAAAAGCCUCAAAAAAAAAAACUUUAAUACGACAGUUCAGUAAUGGAGAGGAAAGGCUGCAGAAGAAACAGCCCAUUAGGAAUCAAGAUGACAUCCUGUUGAAGGUGUACUGCAGCGAUCACACAUACACAACUAUCCGGGUCGCUGUGGCAGCGACGGGAAGAGAGGUGAUCAGCGCCGUGGCCGACAAACUUGGCACCACUGACGAGCUGGUGUUGGUCCACCUCAGCUCUUCUGAAAAACAAAUCCUGAAGCCCAACGACGUGUCAGUGUUUUCUACUCUGAGCAUCAACGGGAGAUUAUUUGCUUGUCCUCGAGAGCAGCUCAGCAGUCUGACUACUCUUGCAGACCAGGAGGGUCCCUCUGCAGGCUCCAUGUCAACUUUUGAGCUGAUGAGCUCCAAGGACCUGGCUUACCAAAUGACCAUGUUUGACUGGGAGCUCUUCAGCUGUGUGCACGAGCACGAGCUGCUCUACCACACGUUUGGCCGGCAGAGCUUCAGGAGAACCACGGCCAACCUGGACCUGUUUCUGCGCAGGUUCAACCAGGUUCAGCUGUGGGUGGUCACUGAGGUCUGCCUCUGCGGACAGCUCAGCAAGAGAGUCCAGCUUCUCAAGAAGUUCAUCAAGAUAGCUGCACACUGUCGGGAGUUUAAGAACUUGAAUUCCUUCUUCGCCAUCAUCAUGGGGAUGAGCAACCCUGCUGUCAGCAGACUGAGUCAGACGUGGGAGAAACUCCCGACCAAGUUCAAGAAGUUCUAUGCUGAGUUUGAGAGUAUGAUGGAUCCAUCAAGAAACCACCGGUCGUACCGACUCACCGUCACCAAACUGGAACCGCCAAUCAUCCCCUUCAUGCCCCUCCUCCUCAAAGAUAUGACAUUUACACAUGAGGGCAACAAGACUUUCAUUGACAGUAUGGUCAAUUUUGAGAAAAUGCGUAUUAUAGCCAACACAAUUCGGCAAGUGAGGCACUGUAGAAGCACACCCUUCAAUCCUGACAUAUGCCAACCCAACAAAAAUCAAGCGGAGGUGCGAGGUUACGUCCGGAAGCUCUGCGUGGUCGACAACCAGCGGGCACUGACGCAGCUCUCCUACAGGCUGGAGCCUCGGCGGACAUGAGCUCCACAUCUUCCACCGCUAUCGCCUUCUCCGUAACGUUAGCAUAAAAAAAAAUAAAAAACGAAGACCAACACACAUUACUCAACACAGCCGGUCGUACAGUAGCAAAUCACAACCGUCAAUGACUUGAGCACUAUUAUGGACAAUUAUGGCUCAAGGACUUAUACUGUGCCAUUAAACGCCUCUUCUUCCUGGACAGAAACUGUUCAGCUGCUCUCUUGUCGCCGUGUCUCUGAGGGUUUUAACCGUACUAGUCGUUGCUGUUUGGGACCUGUUGGAUAGAACUGUAAUGUAUAGAACUGGAAUGGAUAUCCUGCAUGACUGAACUUCAUAGGCUUUGUGUUCUAUACAGUGGACUUCUAUCGGAGCGUCCUGUAAUGUUGUGCUACCCCAAAUGAGCCCUAGUUUACAUUAUAUUACUGUACCUGCCUGUAAAGCAAACCUCGCUCUCCUGAGAAAAACACAUACAACCCCCAUGAAACCAUAGUAACCUAGACUCUUCAUUUUCCCUGUUGAAUAUACAGAUGAAUAUGAAAUAUGAGAGUGCUUAUUUACGUCAUAAUGAUUAUAUACAAGUCUUUAGGAUUUGAUGUCCUUUAGGUAAAUAUCAGUGUCCCUUAACUAGUCCGACACUUCAGAACUACUAAACAAGAGUAUUAGUUGGAUUCAAGACCGAAUGGUAUUGCAACAAGUGUUCAAAUUUGUCACUGCAGUAUUAUGUUUGAAUUUUUGCAUACUCCUCUAGAAUAUGAAUUAAUCUAACUGACGGAAGUCGCUUGGUGUGAUCUGCUCUGAGGUCAGCUCUAUAACCGACGCGCUCCUUUGAUUUGGAUGCACCGAUGCUAGAUGCAGAGUCCAAAGGCAACUUCUACUUUGAGGGGGAAAUCCUCUCAUCUCUACCAGUCGUGAUCAGUCCGUGUAAUUUUAUUUUUCUAUAUAUAUGUGGGUGUAGAUUUUCGAGUGUGUUCUUGACAAGUGUCAUUAAUUUUUCCUUUGAUCUCAGGAGCUUUUUUGAUGUGAUGGUGUGUGUCGAGAACUGCUGUGAGGCCGGCUUUCCCCCCCCGGAGCCGCCUGUAACUGUACUGUACGUGUGGUCUGCCUUGUAAAUAAAAAUAGCUAAUUUAACAUUG